CAUGCGUCACCUCCGUGCCCCCGACCCCUCUCAGCCCCGUGCCGCCGCCGUGCCCCAUGGCCACGGAGCUGACCGAGCUGGAGCUGGCCAUUGAGAAGCUGGUGACCGCGUUCCUGGACCACUCGGGGCAGGAGGGCAGGAAGGGCUCCCUGACCCCCAGCGAGUUCAGCGCCCUGGUGCAGCUCCAGCUGCCCAACCUGAUGAAGGAGGUCCCCUCCCUGGAGGAGAAGAUGCAGGAGCUGGAUGUGAACCAGGACGGGGAGCUGAAGUUCAGCGAGUACUGGCGGCUCAUGGGGGAGCUGGCAAAGGCCAUAAGGAGGGAGAAAGCCGGGAAGAAGUGAUGGGAAUCUCCUCCAGCACCGAGCUAAUAAAGGAGGAUCCCCUGA